CUCAGUGCGCGGCGUUACUGUUUCUGGCUGUGCUCCUUGUUGUGCAUCCCGUUCAGAAUCAGUUUGAUUCGCUCUACCAUAGCCAAACGGUCGGGUUCAGGUGGUCAGUGGCCCGCUGGGAGUACCACAAAUAGAGUGCUGUUUGGGCAAGACAAUUUUAAAAUAUAAAAUAUGUAAAUCAAAAAAAAAAAAAAGUAAAAUAAAAAAUUAAGUGAAAAAUUGUUGAAGAAAAUCUGUACUAACCAGCCAGGCCAAGAACAUGACCGCGAAAUUUGCAAUGUGUAAGCCGUGUGUGUGUAGUAGUUAAACACAGCGAGAUAAAUAAUAUUGAUAAAAAAUUCGAAAAAAUCGAAAAUAUUUCGAAAGCUUAUAACAUUCAAGCUGAUUGGGUGGCGAUAUAAAAUGCACGUGCGCGCGAGUGCAAUGCGUAAAAUGCGCCAACGAAACAAACGACUACGAAAGUAAAAUAUAUAUAAAAUAUAAGUAUAUAAAUAAAUAUGUAUAUGUAUUAAAUAAAAAAAAAAAAUUAUAAUUAAACAAAAGCAAAAGCAAUCACAACCAAACGACAACCGACUGGUGGAAAAAUAAAAAAAUGGCAAGUUGCAAGUGUAAGUCGAUAAGUUAGAAAUUACAGUGAAACCAAAAUUAAACGAAAAUCGAAUUAAAUGCAAACGACAAGUGCAUCAUAAAAUGAAAGUGUGAAAGAAGAAAAGUAGAAGCAAAAUAAUAUCGUAUUCCGUAUUUGUCACAACAGUGCAAUGCCUUCCAUGCAACAACGUUAAAACUCCAACAUUCUCGAAAAAGAAAACCACAACAACAACAAUAACACCAAAAGCAGCAAUAACACGUUCACGCUGGUAGUAAAUCAACGACGAGAACAACAACAAAGACAACAAUUUCAUUAUCAUAGAAUUCGACAAGAGUGUCACUUAACGUAGCAGCAGCAGCAGCAGCAACUAUUCAAUGCGCUAGUGAGUCAGUUGACGCUCAGUGGCCCACCAUCCCAAAAAGGUUUCAGCUGCGUCCAUUUCACGCGUGCGUGCACAGCAUAUUUCUUCAGGCAUUGUGCGAUUUUAAGCCGAAGUUUCCACUCUUCAAAUUGAUUGCCUUCUCCACGUCCACCUACGCAGUGUCGGCUACCAGCGAAUAGCGCAAAAUCUAAGCUACAUAUCCUCGGGCAGUUAGUUGCAGGUGUGCCAUUGACACAGCAUAAAGUGCAUCGCCAGCACUGUCAGUUGAAAAGAACGAUAUUGGCGCGUUAAAAGGCAACGGGAGGUGCUGAGACGGGGAGUGAAGACGAAUUAGCGAUAUAGGAGGCGCACAACCAACGAGACUAUACAUAUUAUAAUGUCUUGUACAGUAUCAGAGCUGCCGUCGGGAUGCCACCUGCGUGGCAUGGGCACUUCUUCGUCCUCUGCAGUGGCGGCUGCGGCAGUAGCGGCAGCGCAAAGAAGCGGUGACGGCGGUGGCACAUCUAGUACAGUUGGCGGUAGUAAUAGUGGUGGUCUCAAUACGGGUGGCAUACACGUGGGCGGCAUGAUGAGUACGACGAGUACGCUGGGCGCAACAACAACAAGUUCGCGCGGUGGUUCAACGGGGAAUGCGGGGGCGAGUUUGCUGCCUGAGACGAUGAUGACGGCGACGGCGUUGACGACAAGCACAACCCAACGACAGCAGCAACAAUCACAGAAGCCCUGCUGUUUUUGUUGGUGUUGCUGUUGCUCAUGUUCGUGGGCAAAGUGUUUGGCAAUAAAAAACGCGGAAGACAAUGCACCAACAAGACGCGAUCCAGCGAGCGUGGAUCUGCUGCUGGAUGGUGAACAGCCUAGUCUGGAUGAAAUAAGAAGCUGGGGCAAAAACUUCGAUUUGCUAAUGAAAAAUGCGACUGGUCGUAAAGUGUUUCGUGACUUCCUACGCAGCGAAUUCAGCGAAGAGAAUAUUCUGUUUUGGCUCGCCUGCGAAGAGCUGAAAAAGGAGAGCAGUCCCGAAGCAAUCGAAGAGAAGGCGCGUCUCAUUUAUGAGGAUUACAUUUCGAUAUUGUCGCCACGCGAAGUGUCGUUAGAUUCGCGCGUGCGUGAGAUAGUCAAUCGUAAUAUGGUCGAGCCGACACCGAAUACCUUCGACGAGGCGCAAAUACAAAUCUAUACGCUCAUGCACCGAGACUCAUAUCCAAGAUUCCUCAACUCGCAAAAAUUCAAAGCGCUGGCACAGUUGCAAGACGGCAGUUUAUCAGCAGCGGCUUCCACAACAGACAGUCCCACUUAAGAGAGUGCACAAUGAUGAGAGAAAGUGUUUGUUGAGUAGGUCAAAGUAAAUGAGAAAAUUGUAUGCCAGACACCAAAAAAACCUAAAAAUCUUUGCACAAAAAGUUAAAAGCAGUUAAAAGCAGCACGCACGCUGGCAUCAGGAAUAAAAGGUGAGGCUAAAUGUGAAGCUGGAGAAAGUGAGUGGAAAUUGAAGCGACAACUACAAAUCGAAAGCAGGAAACAAAAAAUGGAAAUCAGCAAACCCACAACAAACAAACAAUAAAGUGUGUUCGCAGAAGGCUUGCGAAAUGCAACAACUAAAUUUAAGUAGCACUUAAGCUUUAGCACUAGACAAGACUAAGGACUAAGCGUAAAAGCAUUAAGCAUUAAGCACUAAUGUCUAAGGGUAUGACUUAAGAUUCUAUAACAACAACAUACACAACUAAGAAGAAAAGUUUGCUACAAUAUUUAGUUUCCUACUAGCGUCUAAGUGUCAAGCGAAAAUACUUACUUACUUACUUAAUUGCGUACUUAUGUAUUCACAUACCUCCUUACUUAUUUACUUACCUAAGUACUUGUGUAUUCACAAUGUUCUCGUACGGAUUUCUAUCUAAUAUAGCAUGCAAAGAGAAAUAUAUAUGUGUGUGUAUAUAUGUAUGUGUGCAUAUGUGUAACUGCAGCACGUAGAUCACCGCUCAAGAAGCGCUUGAUUAAACGAGCGAGAAGAAGCAUGCAUACGCCUCUAAUUUUUUACCACAUUUUUCAGUUCAGAGGGAGUAGAUUGAAAUAUGUAAAGAAAAAAUUACAGAAAAUAAGCAAUACAUAAUUCCUUAAAAAAGUAUGUAAAACUAUUUAACGAAAAAUAGUAGUAAUCAAGCGGCUAGAGGAAAACCGUAAUACGGCACAAAAGGUAGAGAAAACGAAAACAAAAGCACAAAGCGAUUUGGGGGACUUAAAGAGUGUAGAUGUUGUUGGUGAAGUCAGUGAAAAGCAAGCAAAUAAACAUUCAAACGAAUUGUAUGCGCACAAAUUGAUGUUAAACACAAUGGCUGGAACUCACGCUUGAAAGCCGACAGAAAAAGCUAGAACCAAAAAAAAAAAAACAAAAAAAGGAAUUUAAAAAAUCUUGAAAAUCUAAAAAAAAAAAUAUUUGUAUUAAUGUAGCGUAUGAAGAAAUAAGAAAAAAUGCGAAAAGUGCAAACAACAAUCCAUGAGAUUAUUUGUAUGUAGGUGUACGUAAAUUGAAUCUAGUCAGCGCGGCUGUUGAGAAGAAAAAACAAAAAUGCAAACUGAGAACACAAAUCUAGGAUAACUAAAUUGCAGUGGAAAUAUUGUAACGCGCAUACUUUCAGACGCCGUUGCUAUGCGCGUGGGGUUGGCAGGAAACGCACACACAUUUAAAUGCAUAACAAUGAAGGGAGUUGAAGAUAUUCAUGUAUGUGUGUGUGUACUAGGUGCGAGUGGCACAGUAGCUUUUUAAUUACUAAUUGAUAUAGUUUUUGCGAAGUAUUUCAAUUAUUUUAGCAUUAUUAUUUUUUUUUUUUUGACCAAAGUUUGUUAUUAUUUGUUACUCAGUCUAGUUUUGGAAGUGGCGGCUAGUAUUAAAUGUUUGUUAGUUUUGCUACUUCUUUGAUGCUAGGUUUGGAAAUGUGUGGCUAAUAUUGGCAAUAUAUAUGUAAUUGGCUUUUUAACCCUUUUUGACAGAGCACCUCCUCCUAUUUGUGGCGUGCGUCUCGAUGUUGUUCCAUCAAUGGAAUGACCUACAGUUUUAAGUCGACUACGAAUGGCAGAUAUUUUUUAUGAGGAGCUUUUUCGUAGCAGAAAUACACUCAGAAAUUAGCCAUUGCCUGCCGAGGCGUGACCGGUAUUAAAAAAGAAAUGUCUAUCAUUUUGCAGUUUCAUGCACUGAGAUUAGAGCUUGCGCACUUCCGAAUUGUUGUCACGCACCAACCCAUUGAACGAGGGCGGCCGAAACAAAAUACGCCGCUUUAUAUUUUUAGUGAAUGUUGCUAAAGUUAUAGCCCCCGGUGGAAUAAAAUUGGAGCCAAUACGGUAGCGUAGGCGCAAUGCGCAACAACACUUCAGUAAUUCUUGUUUCAAUCCAUUCCCAAACGUCACUUACCUGAACGUUGUUCCUAUGAGCGACAUCUGCCAGUUCUGAACACAUAAGAUUGACUUUAACUAGUAAUCUCAGCUCCGAAAAAUACUGGAUACUUAUAUCUUUUUCUUUAUUAGCGCGGUACCCACCUAAGCGAUUUCGACCCAGUUCAACAAAAUUCACCAGUCGUUUUUUUACUCUCCUGCUGAAUGGCGAAAGGUAGACCCAUCAGUAAGCCAUUGAUGCCCAAUUUUUCUUCACUUGAUCUUGCCAUUAGAAAGUAAGCAGCCUUCUUCCUCCGUUACCACUACAUCGAAUACUCGGAGAGCUGGAACGUUAGUGCAUGAGUGCAGUUUAAAAACAAGUAUGCAAACUAAAUAAUUAAUACUCGAUCUGUUUUUCUGGUUUCCCAUAAAUAGUAAAUAUUUAAGUGUUUAUCCUAAAAAGAUUAGGUUAGUAAUGUUCGUAGUAAAGUGUGAAAACUGUCAUAAGGAUCGGAGAAAUCGUGUAGCUUUGAGCCACUGCUUUCAUAUCCAUGUUUUACAUGUUCAAUAUGGCACUCUUUCACCAAGCUCCAUUGAUUCGAGAAUGAAGUUUAUCAAAAACGCAAAUGAAAAAUUCGAAGCAAGACUAAGUUAGUGGUAAUUUCUCCUACCUUAAGGGGUUACAUGGGUUUCGUCGGGUAAAAAAAGGCCUAUUUUCAAUAUUUUUUUUCUAUGUAUGUAUGUAAAAAAUUAUUUAUUUAAUUAAAAUUUUUUUCUGUCUAUAUAAAUAGAAUAAUUUCUGAAAUUUUCACAAAAAAAAAAUUAAAACUCCUCCAUUGCGACGUCAUUUCCGGUGACCCCUCGAGAAAAGGUGCGUCCGCGUUGUCAGCAUAACUCCUCACAGGAUCAUCUAAAAUGAAAAAAAUAAGUGUUUUAGUUAAGACCAUAAACUCGUGCUUGAACGAAGGAAAGAAAAUAAAGUAAAAAUUGGAAUUUUGGCAGACAUUUUUCCAAAAAAAUGAAAAUUUCGGUCAAAGUUGCUUGACAUUUUUUUUUUUAAAUAGUUGUAAUUGAAAACAAAUCCUUCGUUCAAGCGUGAGUAAAUUGUGUCUCGAACACCUGUGUACAAUUUCAUCAAGAUCGGCUGAGUAGUUUUCGAAACAUUUGACAACCGAGUUUGAAAACGCCGUUCUGAGAAAAACGCGUUUAAAGUUUUCUAUGCCCAUCUAUACUUGACUUGGAGCGCACAUCUUCCAAAGGCUGUAUCCCCGAAACUAUUAUUUGGAUCCUCUUGAAAAUUUAGGAUACUAUUUUUGAGAUAUUGUAGAAAUUAAUAAGCCAAAAAAAUCGAUUUUUUGAACCCACAAAACCCAUGUAACCCCUUAACUCUCUAAAACUACUUUAACUCUCCAAACCUCAUGCUUCGAAUGUCUUGGCUAAUAAUGCUCUCUUUUUAGUUUGCCCGAUUUCCUAUUUUGAUUUGAGUGAAAUAACUUGAGCUGCCUUUGUUAAGCUAUGAGUUUCGCAUUACUACAUAAUUGCUUAUCAAAAGUUAUGAUGUUCAUUUUUUAUCUCCACAUCUACAUAUAUAUAUUAUGUGUAGCCGUUGAAUGCUAAAUUAAAAAAAUUCUAUUGAAAAUCUUCCCGAAAAUCUUAUUAAAACCACACCCGUCACACAAAUACAUUAAUAACAAUCACCACCAUUAUCAACUGUGAUUUGACAUUACUUCCAAAAGACUUUCUGAGUUAUUCAAUUGGAAACUACCUCCGAAUUUUUCGAAUAAGACAUGUGAGAUUUUCGCAUGAACCUCUUUUACAAGUCUUCAAAUUCAGUUGAGCCCAAAUAUGUUAUAUGGAAUUGAUAUCCUUUGGUUUUGCUGGUCGAAUCAAAUAUUGGCUAUGCAGUUUCGCUCCUUCCAAGACCUUCUAUCUUAGACUUGCAUGACCUUUGACGUAUCCAUCGCUCAAAUUUUUAUUUCACUGGAUAUUUUCACUAAUUCUGUUGAAAACGUUUUGCCAUCUUCGAAUUUCUCAAAGUUUGUUUAAGGGAUCCGUAAUUUAUAGUAAAGGAAUCAUCGACUUUACACACUUUCUUAAACGGCAUAACCAACCUGAACUGCAGGCCUUAGGUUCUUUGGCUUGCGAAAAAGAAAAAAAAUGCAUACACACUUUGCUAAACAGGCAGAAUUUAUUUGAAUUCCUUAAAUAUUUGUGUAUGUUAUUUGCCAAAUACCUCUUUUUUCUGCAUGAAACAAUAAAUUUAAAAGCUGUGAUUAAUUAGUGUACUCCAGGUAAUUGACGUUGCUUGCUUGUAAGCAGAUAAAUUUUACUCUAGAGCGACUCCAUGUCAAGUGAUCCAAUAUUGUGAGCACAGCCAUACAUUUUUCUAAAAAUUGGUUUAUUUGUAGGCUCAGGCAAUAAGUAAACCGAAAAAAUUUGGUGAAAAAUUUAAUAAUUUUGAGAUAUAUUAAACAAAUAUUUGGAGAAUGGAUUAAAUAUUUUGUUCGGCAUUUUUGGGAUAUAUUUUGGUUCGUAAUUUUUUAUGAUAUUGUAUAAAUUGAAAUAAAAAAUCUUUUCUUUUGGGAAAUGAUUAAUUUUUCAGAAGCAACUUUUUUUCUUUGAAAUUUUUUAUGAUAAAGUAUAAUUAGAAUUUUUUUUUGAGAAAGUACUAAAUCUUUAUGAAAAAGUAUUUUUUUUUUUUAAUUUUUUUAGGAUAACAAAUUUCUUUUUUCAGUUUAUGGGUUUUGUAAUGUGAAAAGGGACCCAGUUUUCUUUCUGUGUUUUUGUUAAUAGCUGGGACUGCGCUCAGUAAUCCAUAGAAGUUUCAUAAGGGGGUUUCCAUAACUUUUAGAUUUGCAUUUCAAGCACGCACAGCGAAUCAGCGAAAAAUACCAUGUAUCUGGGAUAUGGUACACUAGACAGGGCUAGUUUACUGGGGCGGCAGCCCUUGGUCGGGAAAAACCCGAGUCAUUCCGGUAACGUAGAACCGGCUGCCAUGGGAAUGGAUAAUAUAGCAGGUUAAACUUCUAUUUAUCCAGAAUCGACCCCAACAUACUAAACGUUUGUCUGGCAUGUGAAGGUACCCCGAACGACACUUACCACCUUUUCACAUCAUCAGCUCCAUCAAACCUACUCAUCAAACACCCCUCUCCCUCUGGACCCUACCUGUCGAAACAGCAAGUUUCCUGGGCCUACCGUUAGAUGAGCUAGAUGAAGGCGACCGGUGAUUACACUGCUGUCCAGAAUGAAAAAUGUGAGUGUAUAAGUGAGAACGAGGGAAUGGGAGCAGCCCAGUAGGAAAUUUAAACCAAAAUAAAUAAAUAUUGGACUGGAGUAGAAAAUUUUUGUGGGAGGAAUCGAAAUGCCUUAUGAUAUUACAUCUAUAGUCUCCUUUGAACGACUUGUAAACAUAAAAGGCAUUGCAAGCCGUCAAAGGCAUUUUCUAGCAUAAAAAAGUUCUCACAGGGCAUUGUAUUGCAUACACUAAGCGUCGCGGACAAACUUGGUGUUUAUUCGUUGCUGGUUUGCUAACGACUGAAUGAUGGAGAGUAAGAAUACGUGUGAUCAAUUGAUGUAUGGGAAGGACAGCACUGCACCACACUGACACUGGGCAAAGUUACUGCUACAACAACAACAACAGUAUUUAGCACUGAUUUGCGUAAAGUAUUAGAAAUGUAAUAUAUAAUAAUUCAAAAAGUUAAGGGGUUCCCAUUAUGAAACUUGCAGGUAUGACUAAGCAUACAGAAACAAAAAAGAAACAAAAAGUUUUAAGAUAUUUUUCAAAAAUUUGGAAAAAACCAUCCCAAAAAUGUUUAUUUUUCUAUUAUAUUUAACAUUUUUUAUAUAAAAGUGUUAAAAUGAAAAAAAAGUGAUUAGAAAUUCUAUUCCAUAAUUUUCACCAUUGAACAAAUCUCAAUUUAGAAAAUUGUUACCACGAUUUUUGCAGUUCUCUUCUUGCUCAAGUCUACACGUAAACCGAUUCUUAGCGGAAUUGUUGACGUUAUCCAAAAUACUUAGACCACUCGACUUGGAAUCGCUCUCUAGUGGAAUUAUGUACACUUGGCCACAGUAAAAGUGGGUUCUGAUUUAGGCUGCUUCCGUAUUAUCUGCAUAAUACGCCGCGCACAUUUUUAUUAACAUUGAUAUAAUUUAUUUGUUUAUAUAUAUUUAUAUAUGUAAUACUAUUUUUGUUUUUAUGAAAUUAUAUUGUAAUAUUUUACAUUUAUUUUGCUCAGUUACAGUGCCAUUCCAUCCUGUAUAUAGUAUUAAAAAGUGAAACGAACGCGAAAUCUUAUAAUUCCAAUAAUUAUUUACGAUUAAAAAUUUAUGUUGUUUAGAUUUUAAAACAAAAACAAACAAAAAAUUAAAGAAAUUCCGAGCUAGCUAUAAGUUUAUCUGUUGUAUGACUAUUUGUUUAAAGUUUUUUAAAUUUAUAAGAAAACUUGUUGGUUAUUGCUACAUUUUUAUUGUUGUUAUAGCUUUUAUAACAAAGUGAAAGUUUUAAUUUCACUAAAACUAUUAAAAUUUUAAAUUUAUUAACGUUGUUAAUGACGUACGGUUCUCAAUAUUUGUAAAUGUAGCAGUGGAAGAAAAACGACAACAACAACAACAGCAGUAAAAAAACCGCCACAACAACAAGAAUAAAUGAAUUUUUACAUCGAAAGCAUUUUGUAAAUAUAUAUGGUUUAAUUUUGAAAAAUUAUUGUAUUAUUAAACCUCAAAAAGAAGAGAAACAGUUACGUAGUACUAUUGAAUAAUUACAAACUAGGUACUGUACUUAUGUAUGUAAGCAUUAUACGAUUGUAUUAUUGUAAUUAUAUAUGAUUUGUUUUUUAUAAAAAUAAAAAUUUAGAAUGUGACUAUAAGUACAUAAAUAGUUAUUAAAAGAAUGUAUGUAAAUGUAUUUCUUAGUAUUUAUGUAUUUAUAAUUG